AGUGAGACAUCAGCACUAUCUAGUGCGGAGGGAAGAGAGAGAAAGAGACUACUACAAACUCCGAACAUCAGCACUUUGGUGGACGGAAAGUCCCCGCAUCUCACCAGGUUUGGAUGAGAGCCGGGUGAGAAGUGAGAAGCUAGCAACCCAAAACAGCAGCCAUGCCGCCACCAGCUGACAUAGUGAAGGUGGCCAUCGAGUGGCCGGGAGCUUUCCCCAAACUCAUGGAGAUCGACCAGAAAAAGCCACUCUCAGCCAUCAUUAAAGAAGUUUGUGAUGGGUGGCAGCUGCCAAACCCUGAAACCUAUGCCCUACAAAAUGCUGAUCCCACAAAUUUUUACAUCACUGAAAAGAAUCGCAACAACAUCAAGAACGGUUCCAUCCUCCGUCUUACCACAUCGCCCGCCCAGAUGGCACAGCAACUUCAUGAACGCAUCCAAUCAGCCAGCAUGGACAUGAAACUGGACGCGCUGAAGGAUCUGGCCAAUGCCUCACGAGACAUCACCUUUGCCCAGGAGUUCAUCAACCUGGAUGGCAUCUCUCUGCUCACACAGAUGGUGGAGAGUGGCACCGAACGGUAUCAGAAACUACAGAAGAUUAUGAAGCCAUGCUUCGGUGACCUCUUGUCGUUCACACUGACCGCUUUCGUGGAGCUGAUGGACCACGGCAUUGUAUCCUGGGACACUUUUUCUGUGGCCUUCAUCAAGAAGAUUGCUAGUUAUGUGUAUAAGUCGAACAUGGACACGGCUGUGCUGCAGAGGUCUCUGGCUAUCCUGGAGUCCAUGGUGCUGAACAGUCAGGAUCUCUACCAGAAGGUGGCGCAAGAGAUCACCAUUGGGCAGCUCAUACCCCAUUUACAAGGGACGGAUCAGGAUAUUCAGACGUACACCAUAGCUGUGAUUAACGCUCUGUUUCUGAAAGCUCCUGAGGAGAAGAGACAGUUUGAUGAGAAAAAUGUGAACAUCCUUGAUUGUCCUCUAACAGAGAUGGCUCACAUUCUUGCACAGAAGCAGCUGCGAAACAUCAUCCUUACUAAUGUGAUUAGGAGCCCAAAGCCCAUUAAUGAUGAAAUGGCACACCAGCUGUACGUGCUGCAGGUCUUAACCUUUAACCUUCUGGAGGACCGCAUGAUGACAAAAAUGGACCCCCAGGACCAGGCUCAGAGGGACAUUAUCUUUGAGCUGCGGAGGAUUGCUUUUGACGUGGAGUGCGAGUCUAACAACAGCGGAAGCAUCGAGAAGCGCAAGUCCAUGUACACCAGAGACUAUAAAAAACUGGGCUUCAUUAAUCAUGUAAACCCUGCUGUGGACUUCACUCAGAUUCCUCCUGGGAUGCUGGCACUGGAUAACAUGCUGUACUUUGCCCGAAACCAUCAGGACGCCUACAUCAGAUUUGUCUUGGAGAACAGCAGUCGAGAAGACAAGCACGAGUGUCCGUUUGGUCGCAGUAGCAUCGAACUGACUAAGAUGCUGUGUGAGAUUCUCAAAGUGGGCGAGCUGCCCAGCGAGAACUGCCAUGACUUCCACCCCAUGUUCUUCACUCAUGACCGCUCAUUUGAGGAGUUCUUCUGUAUCUGCAUCCAGCUACUCAACAAGACCUGGAAGGAGAUGAGAGCCACAUCUGAGGACUUCAACAAGGUGAUGCAGGUGGUGAGGGAGCAGAUCACACGUGCUCUUACAGUUAAACCCAACUCACUGGACCAGUUCAAAAGCCGCCUGCAGAACCUGAGCUACACUGAGAUCCUCAAGAUUCGUCAGUCUGAGAGGAUGAACCAAGAGGACUUCCAAUCCCGCCCCAUUCUUGAGCUGCGGGAGAAAAUUCAGCCGGAGAUCAUGGAGCUGAUCAAACAGCAGCGUCUCAACAGACUGUGUGAGGGAACCUGCUUCCGCAAGAUCAGCAGCCGAAGGAGACAAGAUAAGUUUUGGUACUGUCGCUUGUCGCCGAAUCAUAAAGUCCUGCACUACGGAGAUUUGGAGGAGAGCCCUCAGGGCGAGGUGCCACACGACUCACUGCAGGACAAACUUCCCGUGGCAGAUAUCAAAGCUGUCGUCACCGGGAAGGAUUGUCCUCACAUGAAAGAGAAGGGUGCUCUCAAGCAGAAUAAGGAAGUCUUAGAGCUGGCCUUCUCUGUCCUCUACGAGUCCGAUGAGUACUUAAAUUUCAUCGCUCCUGACAAGCAUGAGUACUGCAUAUGGACAGAUGGGCUGAAUGCUCUAUUGGGGAAGGAGAUGACCAGUGACUUCACCAAGUCAGAUUUGGACACUCUACUCAGCAUGGAGAUGAAGCUCCGCCUUUUGGAUCUUGAGAACAUCCAGAUACCUGAGGCUCCGCCCCCCAUUCCCAAAGAGCCCAGCAACUAUGACUUUGUGUAUGACUGCAAUUAACACCCUCACUGGACCAAGUGGUUUUUUUUUGUUU